UGUCAAAAAGAAACAUGAGGUGACAGAGGUUGGUUGAGUGGUAAAACCGUCAACUCUAAAGAACACAUAUCCCUUACUGGAGACUGGGGUUCAAAUCCUGUUUCUGUUUCAUCCACCUAUGACAAUCACCCACUGUUCUUCCUAAAAAGGGCAAUGGGAUUCCAUUUUGCUUUUAAAAACGAACAUGAAAAAUGUACUGCACGCACAAUGCCAAAAUGGACUAGCCUGCAUCACUCAAGUUACAAUCUGAAGCGGUUGCCAAUUAUUUUUCCUGUAGUUUGAUUUCACCAGAGGCCUCCAACCUUGUAACCAUGUUUGGGAGUUUGGGUUGGGAGUGUUACCAUGUUCAGGGUUUUGGAUAAAAGGCUGUGAUGCUGUUUCAGUCUUGAGGGGUGGAAGAGAACUCAGAAACCAAAGGGAGGACCCUGUGGAAGAUCAUCUCACCCUUUUUGUUGUGACAUUCACUCUGGGUGGCGAAUGGAGAACCACACCUACCCUAAGAACAUGUUCCUCCUGGAGGGGUUAAAGGUCACUCAACAGUCCUCCUACCCUGCCUUCAUCCUUCUCCUCAUCAUCUACAUCUUCACGAUGGUGUCCAACAUCGGCCUCAUACUACUGAUCUCCAUGGAGAGGAGCCUGCACCAGCCCAUGUACAUCCUCUUCUGCAACCUACCUCUCAAUGACGCUCUUGGAGCCACGGUUAUCGUCCCUCGUUUGCUGAGUGACAUAUUUGUGGCAAGCACAGACCGCUACAUUAAUGACGUUGCGUGUGCCAUCCAAGCAUUUUGUGCCCACAUGUUUGGCACAACAUCACAUACAAUACUGAUUAUCAUGGCCUUUGAUAGAUAUGUGGCCAUCUGCAACCCCCUGCGAUACGCCACCAUCAUGACCAACAGGAUGAUCGCAAAACUGACUGUUUUUGCCUGGGGGUCUGCCUUUCUGCUUGUGGGGGUCCUCCUGGGCCUCACACUCAGCCUGUCACGAUGCAGAUCUGAAAUCUUCAACCCCUUCUGUGACAAUGCCUCGUUAUUCAAGCUCUCCUGUGAAAGUGUUAUUAUUAACAAUAUCUAUGGACUCACUUUUACCAUCCUACUCCUGGGGUCCUCCAUAGGGAGUGUGACACUAACAUACCUUAAGAUAGCUAUGGUGUGUGUGAGAAACAAAAACAGGGUUCUGAAUAGCAGGGCCUUGCAGACCUGCUCCACACACCUGUCUGUGUACAUCAUCAUGCUGGUGUCCGGUUUCAUCAUCAUCUUUCUCCAUCGCUUCCCUCAGUGGGCCGACCACAGGAAACUGUCAGCCAUUUUGUUUCAUGUGGUUCCUCCUUGGCUCAAUCCUGUUAUCUACGGUUUGCAGACCAAAGAGAUCAGACAGAAAAUCUUCAACAAGUUUCAUAAUAAUAAAGUGACUGUAUGAUGAAUGUUUGUAGGAAUAAUAAUAUGUAUGAAUACUUGUUCUGAUAUCUUUCUCUCUCUCUCUCUCUCUCUCCCUCUCUCUCUCUUGUUUUGAAAAGCCAACUGACAUUGGUGUUGAAUUGUUGCACCCUCCAGGCCAGGGUGUUCACAUUUUCACUCAGAGGCCCCCUUCCAGCAUUGG